UCUCUCUUCUCUGGAACCAGCUUCUUCUGGUGAUCUCAUUUUUUCACAACAUUUUCUCUUUCUCUUUCUCUCUCAUAAUUCCCCACUCGCUUCUCAACAAUUAACCGCGCAGGUUCCAAUUUCCUCUGAACAAAUUCAUCAUGACCGUGAUGAUGUCUGCUCCCAUUGACCAGCAAGAGGAUGAGGAGGUGCUCGUGCCUCACGCUGAUUUGCCAGAUAACAAUCAUCAGCCAAUGGAAGUUGUAGCUCAACCUGAAGCUGCCAAUACUGUGGAGAGCCAGCCUGUCAGUGAUCCUCCACAAUCCAGAUUCACAUGGAGAAUUGACAACUUUACUAGGCUGAAUACAAAGAAGCUCUAUUCAGAAGUAUUCGUUGUUGGUAGUUAUAAAUGGCGUGUCCUUAUUUUCCCAAAAGGAAACAAUGUGGACUAUUUGUCCAUGUAUUUGGAUGUCGCAGAUUCAGCUAGUUUGCCCUAUGGUUGGAGUAGAUAUGCACAGUUUAGCUUGGCAAUUGUUAAUCAAAUCCAUAGUAAAUAUUCCGUCAGAAAAGACACACAACAUCAAUUUAAUGCACGGGAAAGUGAUUGGGGUUUCACAUCCUUCAUGCCUCUUGGUGAAUUGUAUGAUCCUAGUAGAGGGUAUCUCGUGAAUGAUACUCUUAUAAUUGAAGCCGAGGUUCUUGUUCGUAAGAUUGUUGACUAUUGGAAUUAUGACUCAAAGAAGGAGACCGGCUAUGUUGGGCUUAAGAACCAAGGAGCUACAUGUUAUAUGAAUUCUCUACUCCAAACUCUGUACCAUAUUCCUUAUUUUAGAAAGGCUGUGUACCAUAUGCCAACAACUGAGAAUGAUAUGCCCUCUGGAAGCAUCCCUUUGGCUCUACAAAGUUUAUUCUACAAGCUCCAAUACAGUGACACCAGCGUUGCAACAAAGGAGCUGACAAAAUCUUUUGGAUGGGAUACAUACGAUUCUUUCAUGCAACAUGAUGUUCAAGAGCUAAAUAGGGUCCUCUGUGAAAAACUUGAAGAUAAAAUGAAGGGAACCGUUGUUGAGGGAACUAUACAAAAGUUGUUCGAAGGACAUCAUAUGAACUACAUAGAGUGCAUCAAUGUGGACUACAAAUCAACUAGAAAGGAGUCAUUUUAUGACCUUCAGCUUGAUGUCAAAGGUUGUCGCGAUGUAUAUGCUUCCUUUGAUAAGUAUGUUGAAGUUGAACGUCUUGAGGGGGAUAACAAAUAUCAUGCCGAACAGUAUGGUUUGCAGGAUGCUAAGAAGGGUGUCCUAUUUAUUGAUUUUCCUCCUGUCCUUCAGCUUCAACUGAAAAGAUUUGAAUAUGACUUUAUGCGGGAUACUAUGGUUAAGAUUAAUGACCGUUAUGAGUUUCCUUUACAACUUGAUCUUGAUCGUGAGAAUGGAAAAUAUCUAUCACCUGAUGCUGAUAGGAGUGUCCGCAAUCUUUAUACGCUUCACAGUGUUUUGGUUCACAGUGGGGGCGUGCACGGUGGGCAUUAUUAUGCUUUUAUCAGGCCAACUCUCUCUGAACAGUGGUACAAAUUUGACGACGAGAGGGUGACGAAAGAAGACAAUAAGCGAGCAUUAGAGGAGCAAUAUGGUGGUGAGGAAGAGGUAAUUGCUUUAUUUCCAUUGUCAUGGCGUUUUAUCCCUUUUGAAUCUUGUCUGUUAUUAUUGAUUGAAUCACUUGUGCUUCAACAGUUACCCCAGACAAAUCCUGGAUUCAAUAAUACACCGUUUAAAUUCACCAAAUAUUCAAAUGCUUAUAUGCUGGUGUAUAUACGUGAAAGUGACAAGGACAAAAUCAUAUGCAAUGUGGAUGAAAAAGACAUUGCUGAACAUUUAAGGGAGAGGUUGAAGAAAGAACAAGAAGAAAAAGAGCACAAAAAGAAAGAAAAGGCCGAGGCCCAUCUUUAUACAAUUAUAAAGGUGGCAAGAGAUGAAGAUAUUGAAGUGCAGAUGGGAAAAGAUAUCUACUUUGAUCUUGUAGACCACGACAAAGUGAGGAGUUUUCGUGUACAAAAGCAGACUCCUUUUAACGUUUUCAAGGAAGAGGUUGCAAAAGAGUUUGGCGUACCAGUUCAAUUUCAGCGCUUUUGGCUAUGGGCUAAGCGGCAAAACCAUACUUAUCGACCUAAUAGACCGUUGACACAUGCUGAGGAAGCACAAACUGUCGGGCAAUUGAGAGAAGUGUCAAACAAGGUUCACAAUGCAGAACUGAAGUUGUUUUUGGAGGUGGAGAAGGGGAUGGAUUUAUGUCCCAUUGCACCACCUGACAAGACAAAGGAUGAUAUAUUACUUUUCUUCAAGCUAUAUGAUCCUGAAAAAGAAGAGCUUCGUUAUGUCGGAAGGCUCUUUGUGAAGUGUACUGGCAAGCCAUCAGAAAUCAUAACAAGGCUAAAUGAAAUGGCUGGUUAUGAUCCUGAAGAAGAUAUUGCACUUUAUGAGGAGAUUAAGUUUGAACCAAAUGUUAUGUGUGAACCUAUUGAUAAGAAAGUAACAUUUCGAGCAAGCCAGCUGGAGGAUGGAGAUAUUGUAUGCUUUCAGAAAGCUCUGGCUAUCGAUAGCGAGGAACAAGUCCGCUAUCCAGAUGUUCCCUCAUAUUUAGAAUAUGUUCACAAUCGCCAGGUAGUCCAUUUUCGAUCUCUGGACAGACCCAAGGAGGAUGACUUUUCCUUGGAGAUGUCAAGGCUUUAUACAUACGAUGAUGUGGUGGAGAGAGUUGCUCAACAACUUGGCCUGGAUGAUCCAUCCAAAAUACGUCUUACCCCUCACAACUGCUACUCUCAACAACCAAAACCCCAGCCUAUUAAGUACCGAGGCGUCGAUCAUUUGUCUGAUAUGCUAGUUCAUUACAAUCAGACGUCAGAUAUAUUAUACUAUGAAGUGCUUGACAUCCCGCUACCCGAAUUACAAGGCUUGAAAACUCUGAAAGUUGCAUUUCAUCAUGCCAUCAAGGACGAGGUGGUUAGUCACACCAUCAGACUCCCAAAGCAGAGCACUGUUGGAGAUGUCCUUGAUGAUCUUAAAACAAAGGUGGAGCUAUCUCAUACUGAUGCCGAACUAAGGUUGCUUGAAGUCUUCUAUCACAAGAUUUACAAGGUGUUCCCAUCCAAUGAAAAGAUUGAAAACAUUAAUGAUCAAUACUGGACAUUGCGAGCAGAGGAGAUUCCAGAAGAAGAGAAAAACAUUGGUCAACAGGAUCGAUUAAUUCACGUAUACCAUUUUACUAAAGACACUGCUCAAAAUCAAAUGCAAAUUCAAAACUUUGGGGAUCCUUUUUUCUUGGUUAUACAUGAGGGUGAAGCUCUAUCUGAAAUUAAAGUUCGAAUACAGAAGAAACUUCAAGUUCCUGAUGAAGAGUUUAGCAAGUGGAAGUUUGCUUUUCUAUCACUCGGGCGUCCUGAGUACCUUCAGGAUUCGGACAUUGUAUCCAGUCGAUUUCAGAGGAGAGAUGUUUAUGGUGCUUGGGAGCAAUAUCUUGGCUUGGAGCAUACUGACAAUGCUCCUAAAAGAUCAUAUGCGGUAAACCAGAAUCGUCACACAUAUGAGAAGCCAGUAAAGAUUUAUAAUUAGGAAACCAGUAUGAAUGAGUUAAUGCAUGGGAUGAAUUUCGGCAUUGUUCUAGACCUUUGGGCUUGUAAACAAGGCGAAGAUAGCAAAAGGAUACUCUGUAUAGGCAACUAAUGAAAUUAGCAAUUCAGAUGGUGUCUGCAGUCUUUUAGUUAUGUGGUAUGUAAUUCUUUCUGUCAGUGGAGUAACAUUAUUAUCAACACCUUCUGUAUCUGCGGACCACAGCGCCUUGAGCUUAUUUAUACUUCCGUUUUAUACGGAGGUUCUUCAAAUUGAGGUCAUUGAUCGUCGUCGUUGAACUGUAUCAGUACAUAAGAUUUUUGGAUUAGUGAGUGUAUACAGAGUAUAGUUGGUUGACUUUUGGUCAUUUUCUUUAUUGCUUCCUGAUUUUGUCUAGUUAGAAGUGUUGAUCUAAGUGAGGGCUGCAUUAUGGUGUAGCAAAAACAACUUUUAUUUAUGUAAUGUUGUAAAACAGAUUUGCCAGCUUCCAUAAAUCUAUGGUCAUCAUAAUUUUUUUACCA